GUGAAAAAUCCCCAACUAUCUUAUUUUCACUCAAUAUAGCUGACUUCUCUCCGUGUACUUUGGUAAGCAACAAAAAGAUCUCCAAGUCUCUUUUCUCUAUUUGCUCUCAAAAUUCGAACUUCAACAUUAGAGUGAGUUCCGAUUCAUUUUUUAUCUGAUCUUCUUGUUUGAUUGAUAAUUCCGCUUCAGUUUCUUUCUAACAUAUUGAUUUCACAUCAAUAUGUCUCAAUCCGUUGAUAAUCCAGAUGUCUUCAACUCAUCAAAUCCCCUAUUUCUUGGAUCGUCUGAUAAUCCAAAUCUAGUUCUUGUAUCAAAUGUUUUCAAUGGAAUCGGCUUCUCUGCGUGGAAGAGAUCAAUAAGUAUUUUUCUCUUGGCCAAGAACAAGUUCGGACUUGUCGAUGGUACAAUAGCUCAGCCACUUGUUACUUCACCAUCUUAUUCUUCUUGGAAUCGAGUUAAUUCUAUGGUAAUAAGUUGGAUUCUAAAUUCAUUAAGCAAGAAUAUUGCCGACAGUGUGCUUAUGUUACAAUCUGCACAUGAGAUAUGGCAAGAACUCAAUCAGCGCUAUGAGCAAUAUGAUGGAGCACUGAUCUAUCAUAUUCAUCAACAACUUUACUCGUUAUCACAAAAUUCUGAUGAUUUUUCUUCUUACUUCACAAAAUUAACAAAAAUGUGGGACGAAUUGCGAAUUGUUCAAGGUUUGCCUGCAUGUUCUUGUGGAACUACUGCAGGAAUCCAUAAGUUUCUCGAAGAUCAAAGGCUAAUUCAGCUUCUAAUAGGACUGAAUGACUCUUACAAGGUCAUAAGAGGUCAAAUUUUGAUGAUGAAGCCCUUGCCUUCUGUCGCUACUGCAUAUUCAAUGAUCAUUCAAGAAGAACGACAACUGAACAUCAAUUUACCUUCAAGUUUCACCAAUGAAGUUGUUACUAUGAACAUGUCUGUUGCAAGUUCAAUCAUUCAAAAUAAGAAGCCUCUUGCAUGCAAUCAAUGCAAGAAAAAUGGACAUUCAAAAGCCCAAUGCUAUCUUUUGAUUGGAUUCCCUGCCAAUUUUAAGUUUACUAAAAGCAAGCAAGAUGAUGUGAAAUCAAGUAUUCAAAGUAUUGUGUCCACUCCAAACAUAUCCACAGAACAAUAUCAGAAUCUUGUAGAAAUGCUACCUCAACUCAAGAACAGUGAUGCAUCUCAUGAUACAACAACUAGCCAUGUGAAUUCUCUUAUUUCUCAAGGGGCAAUGAAUGAAGAAGGUCUUCACCUUAAAAGUUUUCUAAUCCCACUGAAAGAGAUCAUCCAAGCCACAAAAAACUUCAGUCCAAAAGGAUGUAUUGGAGUUGGUGGAUUUGGAAAGGUCUAUAGAGGAGAACUCUCAGAGCGUUGGCAAAACCGCACAGCUGCUAUCAAACGCCUAGAUAAGGAUAGCUACCAAGGAGAGCAUGAGUUCCGUAAUGAGGUUAAGAUGAUUUCCAGAUUCCAUCAUGAAAACAUCAUCUCCUUCAUCGGUUACUGUGAUGAAGGGAAUGAGAUGAUUAUUGUCUAUGAAUAUGCCUACAAUGGAAGCCUUGAUCAUCAUCUCCAAGACCCAAAGAAGAUGCAUCGAUUAUCAUGGAUGCGACGCCUGAAGAUUUGCAUAGGGGCAGCAAGAGGACUUAGUUAUCUUCACUCGGGUCUUGGGGAGGACAACAGAGUAAUACACAGAGACGUCAAGAGUGCUAACAUAUUGCUAGACGACAAUUUUGUUGCAAAAAUCUGUGAUUUCGGCUUGUCAAGAGUUGGCCCAAGAAAUCAAUCAGAAACCCAAGUUUACACAAAAGCUGCGGGUACCCUGUUUUACUUGGAUCCCACUUACCAUGAAAGUGCCAUCCUCCGUAAAGAAUCAGAUGUGUACUCGUUUGGGGUGGUGAUGUUUGAAAUGCUGAGUGGGAUGUUGGUUUAUUUGAAAACAAAUGACAGGCCACAGUCUCUGAUGCAUUUCGUCCGCCGAUACCAUCACAACGAACUACAUAAGAUAAUUGAUCCCGAUAUUAAAGACUUUAUUACUAGUCGUUCUUUUGAUAAGUUUACACAAAUUGCUUAUCAAUGCGUUAGUUUCAGUUUACCAGAUCGCCCUCUGAUGGACACAGUCGUUAUGGGGAUUGAGGAAGCAUUUGGUAUUCAUGAUAGUGUUGCUAUCCUUAUUGAGUGUGUUAUGGAAGACAAAAGAUUCAGUCAUGGCAAACCUGUUUCAGCAUUUACCCUAUACAAAUGCCUUCUCCAUUGGAAAUAUUUUGAAGAAGAAAAAACAACCUUAUUUGAUCAAAUUGUUCAGAUUAUUAUUUCAUCAACCGAGGGUCAAAAGAACAACAACCAGAUAGCGUUUUGGUUAUCAAAUGUAUCUACUCUGUUAUUCUUAGUCCAAAAAAGUCUAAAACAUCAUAGUGCAAGUUCAGUUCCAGAACAACCACCUGGAACUUCCCUAUCUGGAAGAAAUCCAAUGGGAUUUCAUUCUGUUGACCUUUCUGAGGCUGAGGCUGCACUCAACGUAGUACAACAAGUUGAAGCCAAAUACCCAGCCUAUGCUUUCGUGCAAAAAUUAACAAUAUUUGUAGAGAAAAUGUAUGGCAUUAUUUGUGACAAUUUGAAAAAGGAGUUGGAAGCAUUACUCGCCUUGUGUAUUCAGACUCUACAAACAUCCAAGGGAGUGAUAAAAUCUGUACAGUCCUUUGACAAAGAUUUUCAGUUCAGUAACUGGCAAGGCAUUGUUGAUCGUCUCAACGCUCUUCUCCACAUAUUGAAAGACAAUUUUGUGCCUCCCAUAAUUGUGCAGAAGAUAUUUUCUCAAAAUUUCUCAUAUAUCAAUGUGCAACUGUUCAAUAGCCUUCUUCUUCAUGGGGAGUGUUGUAGCUUGAGCAACGUGGAAUAUGUGAAAGCUGGUUUAACAAAGUUGGAGCUAUGGUGUUCUCAGGUAAAAGAGUAUGCAGGUUCGGCAUGGGAAGAACUUACCCAUGUUAGACAAGCUAUUGGGUUCUUGGCAAUACCUCGAAUGCAUGGGAUAUCAUGCGAUGAAAUCAGUAAUGAUCUAUUUUAUAUUAUACGCAUCGAUCAGGUGAAUAGAACAUGCACUCUUAGUUGGGAUGAAAAGGAUGGCACUGAGAUUGUAUCCGCAGAUGAUAUUUCAAGCAUGAAGAUUCUCAUGGAAAAGGAUUCUGAUGGUGCUACAAGUAACUCUUUUCAUCUAGAAGAUAGUUCCAGCAUGUUUUUCUCUGUUGAUGACCUAUCAUCUUCCUUGCAAGUGAAAGAUUUCGUAAAUGUGAAAGCUGCUGUAGAACUUUCCAAGUAUCAAGCAUUUCAUUUCUUGUACAAUUAAUGACACAACCACAAGAUUAUAUUUUGGGAAUGUAUAGCCUAAUAUUUGCAUGUGUGUAAAAUAAGCAUACAAGGUAUUUCCGACAAGUUGAAGAAGUUACCAUUUUUUUUAGGGAUGGUAUUGAAAAUACUGAUAAACUACAUCAAAUUGGAUGGAAUGUAUUUUGAUAAUGGAGCAUUGUACAAAUAUUUUGAAUAACAUGAAUGAAAUGGAUUGUUUCUUUCAAUUGGAAUCAAG